CGAUGACUAUUCAGUUUAAAAAUCAAUCAUGUUGCGUUUAUUAAUCUUCAGUAUUAUCGUCUUAACCUCAGUUAUUUCGGGCCAACAGCCAGGACAUUGUCCUAAUAUUCCUGGGCUAUCUAGAAAUAUUUACAGAGCACCUGGAAUCUGGUACGUGCACAGCAAAAGUACCAACGACUUUGAUGAAAAAAUGAAAUGCGUCCGUAUUAACUGGAGCCAACCUAAGGGAUCAAACUUUACAUUGACCGUUGAGAAUUUUUCGACCAUAACCAACACUCUUGAGUCAAUUGUCGUAGAAGGUAGGGAUGGCAGUCCUACAUUCAGAUGCCACGUGCCUGUUUUGGGAGAAAUUGACGUCGAUUAUUAUAUUCUCGGUCAUGAUUACGCCAGAUGGGCCAUUUUGUAUUAUUGCGAUGAAAAAGAAAAUUCAUACACCGAGCAAGCUUUGGUAUUAACAAGACAAAAAUUCCCGGAUGAAAGAGGACUUAAUCAAUUUAUAGAUCAAUCCUACAGAUAUUGGGGUCUACAGAAGCCACAAUUUACACCAACUGUCCAAAAUUGUCGGAAUUAAUUUCUAAAAGAAAAUUGUCAAUUGGUAAUUUAAUAAAAAAAAUUACAUACUUCAAAAAA